CCUUUCUUGAAGCCUCAUAGCCUUGUGGAGCCCGUGAUAUGCGGCAGCCAUGGCCAGGUCAGAAACGACACUGGACCUAGAAGACUUGGCCAGUCGCUAUGACACCCAAGUGCUGCGAGAGUACCUGCUUGAGCAAGAGGAUGGUGGCGCAAGACCACAGCCUGGCGAGGAUGCGACUGACCAAGCCACUUUGCCGGACAUCUACGAUCUUCGGUCCAGAUGCUUCAGGAGGAUUCGAGCACUCUUGGUUGUGAACUUCCUCGCCUACUGGUCAACGGCCAGCUACUGUGGGUACUCCUUUUACCUCCGUGUGGAGGAGAUCGGCACAAAGGCCAUGCCUCCUAUGGAGGUUGCGUUGGCAUGUGUGUUUCUUCUCGGGACCCAAGCCACAUUGGAGCUGGCGGCUGCAGUCUGUUUGACACAGCCAGUGCGGCUGGGUGAUGGGAGGAGUAGUGGCUUCACGAGUUGGGAUAUGCUAGCUUGGCUAGCGGGAGCUGGUGCUCGGUGCUCUUUGCUCCUGGAUGUUCUUUGUCUUCCCUUGAUGAAGCGUGGGUCCAAGUUGCUCUUCCUGCUCUCAGCCAGCACCUUCGUAUUUGCGAUUGGGCUGUUUGUUUUCACUGUGCAGCUGCGACUCUUGAUUGGCAUGUUCUGCAGCCGGGACCACUUUUCCUAUGACAAGCCCGACCUGUUCUUCAAGGGCCGGGAUACCAGUGGCCUGAUGGAGGGUCCACCGAUAGCGGCACGGCCACCAGUACAUCGGGAAGAUGAGGAUCCUCAAGAUCUUCGGCUCGGCAGGGCGACUCCGGUCAACACCAUCAAAGCAGCAAACUUUGCUCACCUGAACGACUUAUCUUUGCUUCACCUGGUGCUUCGGAGGCAUUAUGUACCAAUCAGCUGCCAAGAAACGCAGGAAUUCACUAUAUCCAUUGCCUCGUUUUCACGCUGCUUCUGUGAGGAUGUAGUGCAGUGCAGCUUGAAGUUUUUCUUCAUCAUGGACUGUGAGGUCAACUUCUUGGUGCUUCUGUCCUUGUUGGUGUCUAUUGCACAGGCAAUCGGAUCUUGCUUCUAUGCCAGUGCGUCUGCCAUGGAUCUCAGGCAGCGCAAGAAACAUUGCGGGCAAAGAUGGAAUUCCCAAAGUCAAAGGGGGCAACCAACUGAAGCUGUACCAGAUUUCAAAGAGCUUGGAUGAGAUGUCGAAUGAUUGAAACGCCGGUGUAGCAUUGUUUUGUCUCACAUGGCCAAGUACGUAGAUGCUGCCACGAAUCACUUUCAAAGAUUGUUCCGGCAAGUGUUUCAAACCAGUUGAGCCAUUCUUUGCACACAACAUACAACAAUAUCCUGUGGCACAGCCCACGCAAACGGGCUAAACCUUGCUAAAACUGAUCCUUGCUGGCGAUAGACGACGGCAAAACCGC